GGUAUUUGACGCAAAACCUUGCACCAUGCGUGGGAUGCUUGAUAUGCAGUUGUAUUAGGACUUCUCUUAUUUGAGUCCUGGUUUCGUUGCAAUCCUGAUGUUUCGCGUUGUCAUUUCGUCUGUUGUAUCGUGAAAAUUGAGUUCAGAUUCCCAUCUCAAACAGAAACAGAGACAGAGACAGGCCUUCGAGUUUAGUCCCAGCCGUGCUAAGGCCCUUUAAAUCUCCCCCCCAGUUACUUCCCUGGCAAGUUACGGUAGGUGGACCAGGGCACUAAGCAGCUGUACCUGCCGCCUGGAUCAUCACCCACUCUGGCUGGUCUUGUACUCGAGCAGGUACGGACGGUAUGGUACAGCACAGAAGGUAGGUACGUCUCUGCUGACUUGACUGACGUUCCUCGCUUUUUACGCCUGGCUCCGCUAUACAGUACCUUAUCCUCUCCCCUUCCACUUCCCUCUACUCACCUCACCUCACCUCAGUCAACCUCCACUCAACCUACCUAACCUAACCUCUCUCUCCCUCCCUCGUCAGACUUGGAAAGAGCUCACAAAUACCACCAUCUCUCUUUCUUUCCCCUUCCCCUACCCUUACCCCCUUCCCCCCAUCCUCACAGCCCUUUCUUGACCUCAGCUUCUUCGAUACCCAUACAGGUUUUCACUUUCUCUUGAUCAAUCUCGCAUCAUCCUUGUAUUCUCUUCUCUUUGGGCCUUCUCCACCCCCGGCGUCGUCUUCGUUCAGCUCCUCCACCUUGGCCGACCGUCGCCGCCCGGCCACGAUUCGGACGACGACGACGAUAUCACAACGCAACUUUCUCGAUCCUCAUCAUGAAUAAGUUGGCAAAUAUGCGUCACUGGUCGGAAAGAAUGGCUCCCAAUUUCGUAAUGGGCCGUCCUAAUAUGCCCAUGAAUGCCCUCAACCAUCCCAAGAACGCCGCUCAACCUGGUCAGCCCAUGGCAUCCCCUCAAGCCGCCGAUGCCACCAUUCUCUACUCUUUCAACAUCCCAUUCGCUUCCGAUCUUGCGGGCCCCGACACUGAGGACAUUCUUCACGCGACCACUGACGCUGUCCUGCGAUGGACACACCCUGAGGACGCGCCGGACGACGUCCAGAUUCACGAGCUGCCUAUCCAUGUUCAGAACCUAAACAACCUCCACAGGAUGUGCCAGGAGAUUACCAACGGGCCGCUCCCUGUUGAGGCGUAUGUCCUGUCAACAAUGCUCAAGGGCGGAAAGGGCCAACAGGUUGCUACUGUUUGUCUCUCAGGCUCUCCAGAGCUGGUCCACAAGAGCCGAGAGACUAUUUUGAAUGAUACCCCAAUUUCUCUUCGCUGCACCACCAUUGAUAUUGAUGGUCAACUCGUCUGCGAUCUCAAUGCCGGAGUGCUCAAGAAGCCUGUUACUGAUACCCUCGAUUACAUCUCCACCUUCUGUGGCGUAGAUAUCUUUCUUCUUGGCCCUAAAUUGACCCCUGUUGUCGACGGUAUGACUGGCGAUGCUGAAUUACGCAUGGAUCAGCGCUGGAGAGUUGCUAUCUACGGUGAUAUACUAUCAUCCGAGCAUGCAAAGGCUCGUGUUCUGAUCCACAUUGAUACUCUGGUACUGUUUCAUGCUUAAUCAUACUUAUCUGCCGUUCUAACACUUACGCAGCUCGGCCGAAUUGUCGAUGGUACCAAACUCGAGAUUUCCCUCCACCAGCUUGUCUGUGGCCGACAUCGCAAGAACAUCAAGCUCAUCGAGUCUUCCACUGGAACUGCCAUCUACUUUCCACCCCCGUUCUCGGCAAUGUACCGCUACUGUCCUCCCAAAGCGACUCGCCGUGACCCCAACGAUAUUUUUAUCACUGGUGAAACGCCCCAGGCUAUUGAAUUAGCGAAGCAGAAACUUCACGAAACUGUCCAGCGCAUCAGAUUGUACGUUAAGGACGUCACAAUUCCUGCUGCCAAGAUCGACAGUAUUCUGCUUGGUCGUCUAGAUAAGGUCCGGAAGAUUCUUGAGGCCAAUGGCACCUUCAUCAUGUUCCCUCCCCUGGCCACUCAGCGUAACAUGGUCCGAGUUCAGGGAAACGAAGGUCUUCACGUUGAGCGAACUGUGCGAGAGAUCAUGUCCUUGGCUGGUCAAUUCUACAGUGCGGGAUGGUUCAUUCAGCCCGCUGAUGCCAGGCAUUUCCCUCACCCCAACGACAUCAAGAGUUUGCUUGUUGAUAUCUGCGCCAACUCCGAUGCCGACCUUUCCUUCGAUAAACUGAGCUUCACCAUCACUGGCUCUGAUGACGCUGUCAAGACAGCUCUUCAAGUCAUAUCAGAGAUGAAGUUCAUUUCUCAAUCUCAGUACCAGAUUCGCGUCAAGAUUGAGCUUGCCAACGAGCACAAGGAAUUCGUCAGUGGCAAAAAGAACGGCAAAAUCAACAAGAUAAUGGGACAGAGCAAUGUGCAGAUCAUUUUCGAUGGUUUCAACGAGUACAAUUUCAACAUCGAUGUCAUGGCAGCAACUUAUGAGUCCAUGAAGCAGGGCCUCACUCUUGUGGAGCAAGAAAUGCCUGCAUCUAUUUCGUUCCAUGUGCCGGAUCAGUACCACAAACGCAUCAUCGGUAUUGGUGGCCAGCACAUCCAGCGCAUCAUGAAGAAGCACUCGGUCUUCGUCAAGUUCUCCAAUGCUAUGGAUAGAGGUCAGAAUCGCCGUUACUACGCUGUCGGGUACAAGCUUACUAACUUUGGUACAGGCGGAAUGGGUCGAGAAGACGACGAUAUCAAAGUCGAUAAUGUUAUCUGCCGCACACCAGCCCGAAACGCCCAGAAUUUGGACGCCGUCAAAAACGAGAUCUUGGAGAUGGUCGAUCGUGCCGAUUCUGAGUAUACAUCUCAGAUUGUCAGCGUUGACCGCCUCUAUCAUCGUCAGCUUAUUGCUAGACUUCCUGAGAUCGAUGACCUGGAGCAGAAGUACAACUGCAAGAUCAACUUCCCCAGCACUGAGCAAGCCAGUGAUGAGGUUACUGUUAAUGGUCCGCAGUGGCAGGUUCCUCACUGUGUCGAUGAGUUUCUCGGCAUGGUCCCAGAUAAGCAUGAGCUUGUUCUCGCCAAAACUCCUGAGCUGGUCAAGUUCCUCGAAUCUCCUGAAUUUGCUCACGACCUCGUGCCCAAGCUGAAGAGCCAGCAUGAGGUUGAACUCAGCGUCAGGCAGAACCCCGACGAGCUCACUGAGGGUGGCGAGCCUACCGUCACUCUUCUUUGGGGUUUCACCCGCAACAACGCUGGCGGUCUCCGUGAUGCUAUGGACUUCAUUCAGUCUCAAUUCGCAACUUCCGGAGCUGAGAUCAAUGUUGUUAAGGGCGCUCUCCCUCGCCCUAAGUCCGACUCGUUUGAAGAUUCUCUGCAGUACUUCGACUCUAAGCUUCUGCAGCACGCUCCUGCACCUGUCGCCACUGAUUCUCCUAUCAAGACUGGCUUUGGCGAUGAAGUCGCUCGCGAGCGAAGCAGUAUUCUCGACCGUCUCCGAAAGCCUGGCAGUAUGACGUCAAUUUCAUCUUUCUUGGACCGCAGAAAGAACAGCUCCCAUUCUGGUAACGGAAACUUUUUCAAGGGCUCAAGCAACGUCUCUAAGUCUUCGCUCAUUUCGAUCGAAUCGACCCGCAGCUUCAACGCCGACCGAAACCCCUGGAACGAUAGCGGCGUCAAUCUCCCCGACGACGACAAUCCUUGGGCUCCUCGAACCUUUGGCACUCACAUGGACAACAAAUUGUCCAUUCCUCAACCUGGCGAUGUCACACCUCGCCACAGCACCCGCGCGUCUGGCGACAGCGGGCGCCCUUCCACUUCUCAUUCUAUGACUUCAGGAUACCCCGCCCCUAUUGGGCCUUUCCGUUAGAUUCCCCCCGUGUUAGAACCUCUACAUGCAAAUACCCCGGCUGGAUAUACCCUGGCGUAAAAAUACCCUGGAACGUCGACUUGUGCAUCGGUCGGUUUACGUCUUGCCAUGUUUGUUUUACCUGAUUUGCGUUUGAGUGCUUUCUUGUUUUUUAUUUCAUGUUACUUUUUGCUUUUUCCUGGUCUAUGUGGAAUCGGGGGUUCUCUUUUGAUGACUUGACGUCCACUCCUUAUACCCAGUCAUGUAACGAAAAGCUGAGACCAAAAAAACGAAGAAUACCCCUGGUUGCCGGUUGAGAUGAAAUUUUUGGGACACGAUGGAUGUUUGGCGAGAAAGAUACCACUGUCAACGAAAACAAUAUCAAAAAGUCUGCUUUCAGACUUCUACACGGAGUCAAAGUUGGGUUUGUUUUGGAAGUCGUGUGGUUGCCAUGAGCUCUCAUGCCAUGGAACCAUAUGACACAUGAAUUACACGCUGCGCCUGGAGGCCUUCGAGAGCCGAGGAGGCACAGAGACAAGCAUUUCCAGCAUGUGGUCAUGAAAAGUUGAGAGCAUUGCUACUGUCUAGGCAAACCGAGAUUGAGAAAUGGCAAUGCAAUGAUACCUGCGGUUCGGCCGCGAUUGCUCGAUACACGAAUUCUGCUGCAUCAUGUUGGCCAUCAUGUGAAGUCCUCAAAUGUGUGUAUCAUCGUGUAGACAUGAUCCUAUGGUCCAGAAUCAACACCGUCGCGCAUAUAAAGUGAACUGUUUACGUCUUAACCCCCAAAGUACCUAUGUAUAUAUGCACUUCAGACCGGUAGCAGGGAUUUGUUCAUAUGUAUUUCUCAACCCUAGCAAUUUGUGUGAGUACUCUGUCUUGUAUCUUUCAUCUUUGACUUGAUAUCACUCGGUUCAGUAGGUUCUCUGAGAGCUGGCUAGGAAGCAACAUGCAUUGUAAGCUCUUGUUGUUUGCCAUGCAAGGAUAUACGCACUUGUUUCCCUUUUGCUUGCAUGUGCCAAUAUCAACCCUCGCAUUUGCCUGUAAGAGGUCUUUGAAUCUAUGCCAGUAUAAUACCUUCAAACCAUUGCUCUAAGUGGCAAUGAGGGAUUUUGAUAAAGCUGAUGCAAGAAACAGUCUUCCAAGCUUGUCAAUAAGAUAUUCGGUUAAUCAUCCCAAAUAGCUGCCUUUGCCUUCUCAACAUCAGCCUGCCGUUUCUUUUCCUCCUCUUUCUCCUGUUCCCUCCUCUUCUUCUCCUGCUCACGAACACUCCUCUGGUACGCCCUUUGCUCCUCCGUCUGCUUUGGUGCCUUGAGGCCUAGUCCAGCAGCGAUCAUACGACGAGCCACUGCAUCUGUCUUCUCAGGCCGUUUGUCCGGGUCUGCUCCAGCGCGAUGGCCGGAACUUCCUGAAGGUGACUCCCAUGGUAAGCCACCGGCGGGGGACAUGGGCGUCAGGGGAGGCGGUGCAGGUGUCGCAGUGGGAGUUGGCUUAUUUGACUCUGACUCGGCUUCAGGCUCUGCCUCGGAGUCGGAGUCGGAGUCUUCCCAUGAGUCUGCAACGACCUUCUUGGUCUUCUUUUUGGCUGCUGAUUUCUUGAACAACACCGAGGGCUCGUCCUUUGUGUCGAUUGACAGGUUCUUGAGUGAGCUUGAAACGUCUUGAUCUUGUGACAUGGCUGGGGCCAAUGAACUGAAUAUGUCUCGAUGCAGAGAGGGGAAGCUUGUCAAGGGUUGAGAGCAGAGUAUACGGUUUCUACUGGAGAUGAUUGUAUGCCAUGGAAUGGAUGAAAGCCUUCAGAAGUUCAGGCUUCAGAUCAACAGCAAAGAAUUGCAGUUGGAGAAGGAAGCUUGUUAGUCGUUGCCAGGUUUGGCUGCGGAGAAGUAUAGGGUAGUCUCAACUGUGGAUCAACCAUACCUACCAGGUAAGUCUGCUCAUGACUUACAAGUACCUUACGGUAGGAAUCGUGUUGUGUACCUUAGGUAAGGUAUGCUUGAAAAAUGACUUGAAGUUUAGCAUGGUGCUGAUUAAAGCGCUAAUUACACCAAGUAUGAUACUGGCGAUAUGAUUAAAGAAGCGAAUACCUUGCGAUACUGGGUACAAUUGCAAAGCCUGAUCUCAUUUGCUGGGACGGAACGCUGUAUGCCGUGUCAAGGUAUAUAUUGUAUUUAACUACCUAAAGAUAAGUAGAUGGCCCAAUCAUGUUAUAAUGCUCCAG